CAGUGCAUCCCACGCAACCAUCUUCCCCCAAUUCUCUCAUUUUGCCCUAAGACGAAAAUUAUUCAUUCAUUCAUUUCGGUUGUUUUUCCGGUCCAGCUGCGAGGGCAGUCUCUAACGGUGUGGGAUUGUUAGUGUUUCGAUGGAGAAGAAGGGUGCCGGAGGAAGAAGAGGUGGUGGGGGGCCGAAGAAGAAGCCGGUUACUCGGUCGGUAAAGGCCGGUUUGCAGUUUCCAGUGGGGAGGAUAGGCCGGUACCUGAAGCAAGGGAGGUACUCGAAGCGUGUUGGGACCGGUGCUCCUGUUUACUUGGCCGCCGUGCUCGAGUACCUAGCUGCUGAAGUGCUGGAAUUGGCUGGAAAUGCAGCUCGUGACAACAAGAAGAACAGGAUCAUUCCAAGGCAUGUUCUGCUUGCUGUGAGGAACGAUGAAGAGCUUGGGAAGUUGCUUUCAGGUGUUACCAUUGCUCACGGCGGUGUCCUUCCCAACAUCAACCCCAUUCUCUUGCCCAAGAAGACAGCGGACAAGGCUGCCAAAGAGCCCAAGUCUCCAUCCAGGGCCACCAAGUCUCCAAAGAAGGCUUAGCUCUCUCUAGCCAAUCAAGUUUCUUCUUUUUUCAUUUGUAUGUAAUCUGGGUGUAGGAUGGAUCAUGCUUUUUGUUCUGUGUAGUGGAGAAUUGAAGAAUUUGAUAGAUCUUGUGACCUAUUUGUUAGGAUUUUCUGGGAAAUUAAUGGAUGAAACCGCUUGUUUCAUUA